UGCAGCUGACCGAGCAGCUGGUUGUGUGACACGGAUCGAGCCCCUUUUAACGCCCGGAGCUUCCCUGCUCCUCGUUCCCCGCAACUCCCAUCGGACGACGAGUUACGACGUCCAGGCUUCUUCACUUAGAUUCUCGCGCUUAAAAGCGCUGGGAAGCUUUACUUGAUCCUCGGACAAUUUUGACUUCAGGUUUUCCACAGCCCACGACCAAGAUGGCUUCGACAGAACCAACACAUCCCGCACAGGGCGACGCUCCCGCCCCAGCCGAGAGCGAGCCUCUCCUCGGAAGGCCAGGCGAUGCGACACAAAGGCCCGAUGCGCCCAUGAUCAAGAACAUCUUUCUUGGAACGGCCUGGAUCUCCCAACUAGGCGGCGUUCUCCUCCUCGCAGUGACCUGGUCAUCGGUCUUCACCCACCCGAAGCUCCCCUUAGUCUCCCCUCACCCCUUGCUCCAGACGCUCGGGGUGUUCACUGGCCUCCAAGCCAUUCUCGUCCUCCAACCAACCAACACCCCGCGCACCAAAUCCCUCGGACAGCGCUACCACUUCAUCCUUCAUAUCCUCUCCUUCGCCCUCUUCGUUGCCGGCACGACCAUCAUUGAGGUCAACAAGCACGCCAACCACAUGCCGCACUUCCACUCCCCGCACGCCUACCUCGGCGUGAGUACCUUCGCUCUCCUCGUGCUCCAGUACCUGUUCGGCUUCACCAUCUGGGCCGUGCCUCGCGUCUGGGGCGGCGAGGAGCGCGCCAAGAGCAUGUGGAAGUACCACCGCUGGGUGGGCUAUUCUGCGCUGGUGCUGCUGCUUGCCACGGUGGCGGCCGCGGUGGAGACGGAUUACAGCAAGGCAGUGCUGCGGAUUAGGCUGUGGGCGGUGCUGCUUGCCGAGGGUUUGAUUGUCGUCGGGGUGCUUCCGAGGGUGCACUUGAGGAAGUUGGGCAUUCAGAGCAGGUGAAGGGCUGAAUGGAAGAUUUACAAAAAGACGUUUACUAUGCUAUGGGAAAUACGGUUCGAGGA